GGCUGAUGGGUUCUUCACCUUCAGUCGAUUCAGGAUCUAGAGAUAGAAGUGAAGUUCCUGUAGCUAAAGCAGAGUCAUCCACAUCUGGCAUCAUGCCCCUGUUGAAGAAAAAGCAGAGUGCACAAGCCAAGAAGAAGCAAGAGCAUCAACUUUACUUAGCUCGAGAAGCUCCAGACUCAAACUUUGAUUUGUCAGGAUGUGAAAUAAGUGAUGUUCCUUCGGGAGUAUUCUCACUAUGCAGAGUAUUACAAAAGGAAGUGUUGCUGUUAAACAACAACUGGCUGACAUCCCUGAAAGGGGGAGGAAACUUGAAAGAUCUCGCAUUUAUAAGGAUUCUGGAUCUCCAUGACAACGAGUUUGUGACUCUUCCCGAUGAUAUCGGCCAACUUGUCCAUCUCCAGGUCCUUAAUGUGGAGGGCAACAAGUUGAAGCAGUUGCCAAGUAAUAUCGGUCAUUUGACUUCUCUUCAGACAAUCAAUGUCAGAAGGAAUAAAAUAAAGGAGCUACCUUCGUCAAUGAGCAGCCUUGCGAGUCUAAGGACUCUAGAAAUCUCUGAUAACCUCAUUGCAAAACUCCCCCGUAAUCUGUGUGAAGUGAAAACACUGGAGAACCUGGCUCUGUCAUAUGAUUCCAUGAUUUAUCCAAGUAGAGAUGUCUGCAAACAAGGCACCGAAGCGAUCAUGCGAUUCUUAUGCGUUGAAUCGGGCGUCGCCUACACUCCACCGUCAAAAGUUUUACUCAACGUGUUAGAUGUUCCAACUGUGAUGAAAACUAGUAUUAGCAACCACUCGUUACGAGCAAUAGAGAAGGAAAAUAACGUCUUACAGGAGUCUCUCAUGCUCCACGAACAGAAACAGGCCAAAAAGAAGAAAGAUAUGAUAGCGUUGGAAAAACAGAUGGAAGAAGAUCAAAGACAACAAGCUGAGUUAGCUGCCAUGUCUUCCCAGAAGAAAAUGCAAUUGGUCAACGAUAUUGCUACGCUCCAGGACCAGUUAGAUAAUGAGAUUAACAUAUUGCAUCAAAGGAAGGAUGCUGAGAGGAAAGUGAUGGUCGCUAAUUUGUCAGAUGUUGAAAAGACAGCGAGCCAGUUGAUUGAAGCGCUCCUCGCGAUGAAUGAGAAGGCGAUGAAACGUGAAGAACUGCUGGAGAAGAUGGAGAGGGAAAGAAUCGAAGCAGAAGAAUUAUUUAUCGUCCGACAAGAAGAGUCGCAUAAUCUCAGGAAGGAAGACGUUUUAGCGGCGAUGAAAAAUAUCCUGGCUGAGUCGGAAGAUCUCGAGAGUCACCGUCUGCAGUAUCAGGCUUCAAGGGAUCUGGCUGCAAAGAGGGCAUCAGAGGGUAUGACUGAGGUCGAUGGCAACCUGGAAUUCAUACUCAUGGGCAAGGAUUGCAAUAGGGAUGAACUCAUCAAUCAAUUACUACUUGAGGAGAGGCUCCAGCGUGAGGCGUUUGAAUGUCUACAGAUGCAGAAAGAUGCAAAGCAUCAACGUAUCACGCACCAGAUUGAAAUCAUUCAAGAGGAAUUGUCACAGUUGACGGUGGUGGAGAUAGAACGGCGGGAAGUCAAACUAGACACUGAAAAGAACAUCCUAGCUGAGAAGCGUAAAGCACUGACUGAUCUGAUGUUGGCCCUCAUGGACCAACGCAUGGACAGGGAGAAGGAACUACGAAAGCGAAUGGGUGAGAUGGAGCAGCAGAGGCUGGAUGAUCAACAUGACUACUGGCUGAUACAGUAUCAGAGGUUGAUGGACAAGAAACCUCAAUCACUCAUGGACUUGGAGACAAACUUGGAAAUCGAGGUUGUGAAGAUCCUGGAGCGAUCAGGCGCACACGACUACUUACAGAACUUCGCCCGACAUAGGAUCACCAUUGAGACGCUAUGUCAGAUGACAGAGGAGGACUUGAGACAUGUUGGAGUCCAGGAGGUCGGCACUCGCAAGAGUAUCCUGCGGCACGUGGAUGAAUUCAUCGCACAUGAUAAGAUAGGUGGAAAGAAAACAAAGCAGAAGGAGGAACCACCGCCGGCUGCGUCUGCUGCUCCAGCCAAGAUGGCGUCUGCCCCAAGUGUUCAGGAAAUCACCACCAGGAUCACUUCGGAGUGUGUCGUAUGUAUGGAUGAAGAGUCGACGGUUGUUUUCCUGAACUGUGGCCAUGUCUGCACCUGCAACCAGUGUUCACUGACCGUGAACGAUUGUCCGCUCUGCCGCCAGGUGAUCAGCCACCGAAUCAAACUUGCGCCCGCCUGACACAGGGAGAAGAGGCGGUUCAUUCGUCAGGCGAGCAUCCUGAUCGACUCAGAGUGAAGCUCUCGCAUCUACACAACCGCCACACACCAACACUUACAGAUAUUGGGGAUGGGAACUUUGUGUUAGGUCCAGGAGAACCAGGUAGAGUCCAGUGGUUGCACAGUUUGAAUUCACCCUGAAACUCCCUUAGCUGACACAUCUGUUAGCUGGAACUGUCGAAAUCGAUAAUAUAGAUGGCGUUUUGUGUACUUUGCCACUUAUUGGACCUAUCUCAACUCAUCCCAGCCCAAUACUUUGUGUUCGAAUGACACUAUGUGUGCUAUAAACAGAAGAAUGUCUCUGUUUUUGGUCCGGAAUGUAAUACUUUCUGCACGUUAUGGACAGGUGUCGCUGAAUGAUGACCUUGAUGCCAGUUUGCUUAACUUUAGACAAGCCCACUGCAAGGAAAUUUGUUGAACUACAGUAAUGAUCAAAUUAUUAAUCACUACACGUACAUGUAUGAAUCUUAGUGUGUUCAGGAUAUUGCCAACCAGAAUAUUUGUCUCUGGCAUGUGUGGUUUCUAUUUUCAUAUCUAUUGAGUCUAUAGUUGGUGUUGUGUAGAUUGUGAGACUGUCUUGGUCAGUGUUGUAAACUUGAAUAUUUUCAUGGAAUACUUGUGGUUGACUUUGGUGUUGCUCGAGUUUGAACGACAGAACAUCGUGUCGAUGUAUUUUCUAGAACAGCAGGAGAACUUAUCAUGAUAGAGCAGUUGGGUGAGAAAUGCAGUCAGAGCCGAAAAUCCUUCCGUGAGUGUUAUAAUGUCAUAGUUUACGAACUCUCUCUUCAUGUAUAUCUUUCUGUUGAAUAUCGAAAGAAGGCCCUGCUCAGGAAAAGUAGAUAACACAUAGUGAUGAACUGGUCAUGCGAUAUAAUUUCUAUGACUGAAAAAUACAUGUAUGGUCAUAACCUGUUCUUCCGAGAUAUUCUUAUAUUAUGUGUUAUGAAAAUUGAUAAUGGAAGGGAAUGGGACAUUGUAUUUUUGCAGAAAGAAUUUGGUAAUGAAAUAUUUUGCUUUAUUGAUGUCUCACAGGUAAACUACUGCAUUUCAAUCGAUUUAAUUUAGCAUUAGCUAUUUUGUGUUUUGUCAAUGGGUGGUAGAAAAGGAUGUGGGCCUCGUUGUUCAAAAUAAGUUAGUCUCUAACUUGGCGUAAACUAAUAGAGAAGGAGAUAACAGCGAGAAAAAUCUAAUAGCAAGUUAGUAACUUGACUUGUUUUGAAACAGCAGACCCUAUAGUUUGCACAGAUGUAUUGAAUAAAGAGGGGAAAUACAUUCUUUUAUUUUUAGGAAAACACUGAAUCUAAUGUAUCAGUUGGAUAUAAAUUGAACCAACAAUAUAGCUGACAUCUUUCGGAAUGUGUGCUACGGGUGUAUCUACUGUGUGCUAAAGCAAUUGUCAAAAUAUAAUAAUAGUGUACAGCCUUUUAUAAUCUAUUCAUAUUGCUAUAAUUUGUAUAUUUGUAUAUGAAUGUUCUACCUAUUAGGUCUGAUAUAUCUGAAUCAAUAUGUGGGAACCAUUCCGAUAAAAAGAAAGUAGGACAUUAUCUAUCUGUAUUUCUCAAUAAAUUUGAAAAAAGCCAAGCUGUGAAUUUCGAAAAAUACAUUUGCAAAUAAUUAUGGGUGCAACAUUAGUCUUACAGAACCUGUCCAACCAUAACACGAGAACUACAUGUAUUGAUAACUAGAAUUGUUCACUUGACACAUGAUAUCUAAUACAAGUCCUGCUAUCUUUGUAGUUGCGAUUGUUGCCCACAGAUGUCCUAUUGAAGAUUGUUUGGGUUCUUCCAAAGUUUAUGUACAGUACAGGUGGCUAGAUUCUCUAUCUCAUGUAUUCAUGCCCGACUUUCAUUUACAUGUACAUGUAGAUCUUUUACUGUACUAGUACAUUUAUUGUAGCCAAUAUUAGGAUUUGGUGCAGUAUCAAGUAGGCUCAAUGACUGAUCCCCCACCACAAAGUCAGAUACCCAAGGGACAACAUGGGUGUUCCAAUUUGCUCUGGCCCACCUUAAAUCUUGCUGAGUGUCUCCGGAUGUUGAGGGUUGUUCCCAGUUGGGAAAUAAACAUUUAGCCCACUGGUGUUCCAAGUAUGGUCUGUGAAGAUCUGUCCGACAAUAGAUCUUUUAGAUGGGUUCCUCAUUAACCUACCAGUUUAGGUGAAUAUUUUGUAUGAAAAUAAGCCUUUCCAGCACAUCCAACUUUAACUCCUCUAGCUACUAUACAUAUUGAUGCGAGCAUAGAAUCUGAUUAAAAAACCUUCCGCAAUAAAUGGUGAAGUUGUAUAUA